CGUACGCGCGUUCGAGUUUUACAGAUUUUUGGGAUUUUUUCAGUAGCAGUUUUCCCACUAUGUCACGGUGUCGAAAGCAGUUCGCGUUAGUCCUGCCAUUGGCCAUGCUGGCCCUGGCCAAUGCCAACUAUAAGGGCAAUAUGUUCCUCAAUGGCCAAUAUCGGAAUGGUAUCAAACAGCAGCCGGAGACUCAUUUCUCGGUGAAUCCAACAUCGAAUGUGUUUCUCAAUCAUGCCAUCAUCAGCCGACAGGCAUCACCCUUCCAAGGACCCACAUAUCUGCCACCCAAGGAAUAUCUAAAGUGUGCUCCUGGUCAGCAAUGUGUGCGUCAGGGUCAAUGUCAGAAUGGUUUCUAUAGCCAGCAGUUGCCUAAAAUUCAGAAUUGCGAACCAGAGACCGAUAUUUGCUGCACUUAUCGUGCACCGCCAACAACUACAACAACAACGACAACAACAACCACACCUGUACCAUAUGCCACCUGUCCAAGGGAUUCCGAUUGUGUCGCCCCACAAGAUUGCCGCAAUGGCGAAAUCAGUGCCAUCAACUAUGUGAAGAAGCAAGGGCCAAACCGUUGCUAUGCUCCCGAGAUCUGUUGCCGCAUGCCCUCCACCACUCUCACCGAGGACGGCUACAUCUUCAACUUGCCCGAGAAGAACUUCCCCCUGCCCACCAAUCCCACAGUGCCAGCUGCUCCGCGCACCACUCAACCACAGCCGACGUAUCGUCCAACGACUGGAGUUCCUCCCACUCGUCCGACCAAUGAGUAUCUGCCUCCUCAGACCACUCGUCGUCCAACCUAUCAGCCACCACAGACUACACGUCGCAUUGUCUAUACACCACCACCAACUCAGCCACGUCCAACCCAGCCACCAACCACACGUGCCCCAAGACCAACACAACCCCAGCCAUUGCCCACCCGUCGUCCCACCAAUGAGUAUCUGCCUCCAGUGUCAGUGAAUGAGAUUCCUCAUCGGGAGCGCCCAACUCAGCCCCCACGUUAUGAGCCCGAUCGUGUGCCCCAGCCCUCGAACGAGAAGCCUGUCUACCGUGGCGAGGAAUUGCUUUCACCCCAGAUUUUCCCCACUCCCAAGUCCGUUGAGGUGCCCAAACACUUUGCCAAAUGCGCUUCCGCUCUCGUCUGCACCGCUGAGAACUACUGCAAUGCCAUCGGUGUCCUCAGUGAGACCCCCAUCGAACUGACUCCCAUGGAGGCCGCAUUCCGUGUCCCACUCACCGAUUGUCUGCAACCCGAGAACGGAGCUCCUGGCAAGUGUUGUCGCGAUCCCAACUAUGUUGAUCCUUGGCCCGUCAAUCUGGCUGGAGUUUGUGCCACUCGCAACAAGCGUACCAAGCCCACUGGAAUUAAAGAUUUGGAUGCCAACUUUGCUGAAAUUCCAUGGCAAGCAAUGAUCCUGCGUGAAUCCAGCAAGACUCUGCUCUGUGGUGGUGCCAUUAUUGGUGAUGAAUUCGUAUUGAGCACAGCCAGUUGUCUGAAUGGUGUCCCUGUUGGUGAUGUACGCAUCAAGGCCGGUGAAUGGGAAUUGGGCAGUACCAAUGAACCAUUACCCUUCCAGUUGGUUGGAGCCCAAACCAUUGAUUUGCAUCCCGCUUACGAUCCAGCAACCAAUGCCAAUGACAUGGCCAUCAUUCGUCUCCAGAAGCGUUUCGAAUUCGCCACCCACAUUCAGCCCAUUUGCAUCAGUGACGAGGAUCCCAAGCCAUCGGAGCAGUGUGUGACCACCGGUUGGGGCAAACAGGCUCUGUCAAUCCAUGAGGAAGGAGCUAUUAUGCAUGUGACCGAGACCUCGGCACAGGCUCGCAGCGAUUGCGGAGCUGAUAACACCGGCGUUUGCAGUGCCACCAAAUUCGAUGCCUGCGAAUUCGAUGUCGGCAGUGCGCUGGCCUGCGGCAGUGGGUCAAAUGUCCGUCUCAAGGGUGUCUUCAGCGGUGAAAGCAACUGCGGCGAGGGACAGUCGGUGCGAUUUGCCAAGCCGGAUAUCAAAUGGAUCAACACGGCAUUUGCCGAUAGAAACAAGCCGCUGCUCCUGAAACGCUUCUAGGUCCUUGCAGGAAUUGAUAGAAUGAGUAACUAAGUGUCUAAGGAGUCCAGAAGAUCAGAUCGCACGUUUUUAGUUGAACUAUUUGUAAUUUAGCCAACGUUCAUACACUGCUGUUAUUCAUAGUCCCAAAACAAAUGCCACGCCCACUUAAUAGAUAUUUAUUCAAAGUCACAAUGCUCUCCCCACACACACACACACACAAACACAGAAACACACACAGACCAGUUGUGUCACAUUGGUGUGGCAAAACGAAUUCAACUUCACUUCAAAUUAAUGUAAAAGGAUUAAUAGAUACAGCAAGUUGUAAAAAGAAAAAAAAGAUAACAGAAAGAAAGAAGAAACAAACAGGAAAGAAAAGGGUAAAAAUAUUUAAUCAUAAGCCUUAGGUUCUUUAAAACGAACUCAAGAAUUGCCAAUAGUAGGACAACGCAAUCUACUUCCCCCCUCCUCCCUGAUAAACCUUCCUCACCUUCCCCCUAGACCCACGCACAAGCAAUCCGCCCCCAUGAUCUAUUAAAUAUUGAGAUUAUAUAAAUAUUUUUUGUUCAAUUUUCUAUUAUUCUGUCUUAAGUUUAAGGUCCUUCAACAGGACACAUACACACACACAAACACAUGCCUAUAUACAGCACCCCACACACAUAUACCUACACCUGCACAAACACACCUGCAUCUGCACACACACAAACACAUACAUUUACUGUUAUUUAAAGCUUUUCCUAUAUCGUAAUAUGUUAAUAAUGUAAUACAAGCACUAAGCAUGUUGUAUAAAGUGUCUAUGCGUCUAAAUUUAGUUUCUAAUU